AUGAUACAAAAAGCAGCUGAAGUAGCUAAAACUCCUCAUGCAGUUAGAAAGAAAACAAAGAGCAAAAUAGAGCAGAUCCUUCAAGAAGAUAGUACUAGUGAGUAUGAAAUCUCAUCAGAAGAAAGUAGUUUUGACUCAGAUACCAGUUCAUCUAUUGAGUCUGAGGAUGAACCACAACCAAAGGGAAAUCAGAAAAUCAAAAUUACAAAUACAAACCUGCAGACACCUAGAACACGUGGGAGAGGCAGGUACACAAUAAAAACUGAAGAAUAUUUUGAAAAUUGUGCAUCAUCAAAAAUCCAAACUUCAAACAAUACUUUGGAUAAGCUACAAACUCCAAAGCUUCCACAGCAUGAAGUGCAGCAACUUUUACAGAAUUCCAAAUUGUCUAAAGAACAUGAAAAAUGUAUAGAACAGCUUACUAAAAUCAAUGAAAGUUACUUUAAGAAGUGGCUCUUUUUAUUGAAUGAAAAUUUUAAUAUCUUAUUGUAUGGCCUUGGUUCAAAGCGGAAUAUUAUCAAAAAAUUUCACAUGGAAUAUUUGAAAGACAUGCCUGUAAUAGUUGUAAAUGGAUUUUUCCCAGCUCUUACCAUUAAAAAUAUUCUUGAUAGCAUUAUUGUCGAUCUUUUGAAAAUGAAUGAAAGUCCCAGUAAUCCUACAGAAGCAUGUAAUUUGAUCAUUGAGGAAUUUCAGGCAAUGCCUGAAACACAUUUAUACCUGUUGAUCCAUAAUAUUGAAGGAGACAUGUUAAGGAAUACUAAAGCACAAAAUGCCUUGGCUAUGCUCGCAUCUGUCAGAAAUAUCCAUCUUCUAGCAUCUAUUGAUCAUAUCAAUGCUCCUUUGAUUUGGGAUCAUAUUAGAUUGAGUAAAUUCAACUAUAUAUGGUUUGAUGUUACUUGUUUUUCACCUUAUGUUGAAGAAACAUCCUUUGAAAAAUCCAUGAUGAUUGCCCAAACGGGAGCACUAGCUUUAUCUUCAUUAAGAAAUGUAUUCCUCUCUCUUACAUCUAAUUCAAAAAGUAUAUACCUUGUUAUUGUAAAACAUCAGUUAGAGCAUGGCAAAAAUCAAUUUUAUCAAGGAAUAUCAUUCAAAGAUUUGUACAUGGCAUGUAGAGAAUCUUUUGUUGUUAGCUCAGAUUUAGCUUUAAGAGCCCAAUUGACAGAAUUUAUUGAUCACAAAAUGGUUAAACUAAAGAGAUCUGUUGAUGGAACCGAGUACUUGAUCAUACCUCUUGCAAGUAACUUGCUACAAAAACUUUUGGAUGAAAACUCAUAG